AUGUUUCUAGGGUUUCUCCUUUUCAGAAUUAUUGGUUUUGAGUUUAAUUUAUUUCACAAUGCCCAAAUUAACGAUUCUUCACAGAAUAACACAAAUUUUAACGAAAAUAUAUCUCCAAAAAAUCAAAUUUUGGAUUCAUCCAAUGAAAACAGUAACCAGCCUUUAAAAGCAAACGUAGAAAACUUUAUUCCAUAUGAAAAUACAGACAUAUAUCCACCAAAUCCUUAUACUCCUUACCCAACGUAUUGUACACCAGCUCAACUCCAAAAACGUCAAAAAUUACCACGCCCUAAAUAUGUUAUAGGCGGUGUUGUCGCUGCUACAAUUGCAGAUCAAAAUGUCGAAUGA